AUGAUUCGAUUUACACCUCUCAACCAAGAGGGGGAGGCUUCCUCUCAAAUACCAGUAGUAGAUUUGCGUGAACUAGAGAUUAAAAACUGUCAAGAACAACUUAACGUUGCUUUACACAAUUUUCAUUUACACAAUAUAACAAAAGCUAAGGGAAUAUUGAGAGAGCUUCUCGAGAAAGAUAUAAUCAAAGAAGAUAUCCCACCGAUCGAGCAUGGCACAAAUUUGAGUCAAGCAACAGUUCAGCAUCAAAUACAGUUUGGUGUUUUCAAAAAUUAUGCAGAGAUUUUGUAUCUGGAAUUUCAAAAGGAUCGAAAGAAACGUACUGCAGAUAAUGCAAUCCUUUAUUACAAGAAGGCACUGAAUAUUGACGCGACAGACCGACAAUCUGCCUACAAACUUGCCAUCUUGUAUGGAUCUGAAGUGAUAGAUAAUCGUAUAUUAGCGCUAAAGUUUUCGAAUUUAGGUCUUUAUGGACCAUCGCCUGUAAUGACGCCACCACGAACAAGUUUUUCCCCCUUGCAGUGGUCGUGUUUGGAAGAGCUUGCACGUUUACAUUGGGAUAUUGGAACCUUUGAAACGAGUCUUGAAUUGUGUGAUAUCGGAUUAAAAGUUGAUCCCAACAAUGCAAUGCUGAAUCAAUUAAAAGCACAAUUGAUGGAAACUUGGGUUACAAAUUUCUUGUCCACGGAUUAUUACUGGACCGCUCCUCAAAUCAAAAAAAGUUCACAUGGAAUUAUAAGAAGACGCAUUAGAGCCACAGCUAUCUAUAAUGAACGCGCGCAAAUAAAACAUUCCAAUUUGAAAGUGUGUACAUGGAAAGGGUUGGCGGAAACAUUAUUGGAAACUCAUAAAGAAAUUAACAGAAUCCCACCACCAACCGUUCCUGUGAUUAUCGAUAUCACAGAUGGCAAUAUAUAUAAUGAAGCAAGAGACUGUGAGGAUAUUCCGACAAAGAGGAAACGGAAGGAUAUCACAACUACGACAUUGGAAAAUUCAGACGAGAAAGCAUUUGCAACUGUUCGUACGUCAAAGAGAGUUCGCCAUAAACUGGAAAAGAACGAUUUCAAAAAACAGCGUGACAUUGCUGCUUCCGAAUUUUCACAAUCAAUUGAAACCGAUUUUCGACCAUACGAUGUCGAUUACAUCAGUAAUGAAAAAGAUGAUAACGAACUUGUACUCCAAUAUUUUGAGAAAGCUUGGAUGCAGACUAUUUCCAGUGAAGCGGCCAUUAAUUCAACAACAGAAGAAACAAUAUUGAUUGAUCCUAAAACAGCUUCCACCGUACGACUAUCAAUGUUUGUUCGACAUAACAAUCCGCCUCCUGUUGACAAUUACUUUUCUGAUGACAACAAUCGGCAAAUCUUGGAGACGUUUGUCAACGAGUUGAACGCAAAAAAACUUUGCAUCUCUGCUCAUAUUCGUGAAUUUAUUAUUAAAAUACUAACAAUAACAGCGUCACCCUUCAAUGAACAAAAACAACAUCAACAAACACCACCACUAUGGUUUUGUCGAUGGCCGGAUGACCUUAAGGAACGUUUAUGUGACUUGAUUCGUCUGGAAGGAGAGCAUAUUAUAGAGUACCUGUAUGAAUCGUGUAGGUACCCUGAUCCUAACUCUGCUGCUUAUCAAGCUCAAUUAGACACUAUGGAAUUCCAAGAAAGAUCAAGAUCUAUGCAGGAAGCAAUGGAGGCACUGCUGGGAAUGUUAGAAGUUUUAUGGGACUCAAAAAUGCCCAAAUUAGGAUUCCAAGGAUUUGAAGAUGAUGAACAACAAGAUGGUAUUUUUCCUAUGGACAAAAAAACAGUAUUCGAUAAAUGUAUAUCAACAAUAGAAAGCUUAAAGGUAUCUCUCUCCGAAAUAAUUGGAUCCUCUUCUGAGAACCAGGAAUGGAGAAAAUGGAUUACGAGAUAUUAUGUGCGCUAUUAUUGGGUACGCGCUCAUAUCGAGCUUUGUAGAGGCCAUUUAUCCGCAGCGAUGAAUUACUUCAAAUUUUGUGGUGUCAAUUAUGAAAAAUACGCAGAGACCCAUCAUGGUGCAGAUUCAUCGAUUCUGAUGGCAAAUUUCUAUUAUGAUGCGUGCAUUGAUAAAGAUACGAUAAAUAACAAAAUCAAAUUGGUUGAGAUAGAAGAUUCAUUACCGAAAGACAACUGGUCACGCUCUGUUCGAUAUUUUACGGAAUGUGUCAGUUUACUAGUGAAUUCUGUCUCGAUGGGCACCCAUGACGAUCAAAUUGUUCAAUUUUGGACUAUAUUGAAUACGAUAAAUGAGCAAGUUAAUGUUAUUUCUGAUACCAUCAAGAAUAUAGAAUCAAUAGUAACUCUACACGAAGAUGACCAAAGAAAAUUCAAGAGUAGCAUGCGUUUAUUGUACAACUUGCUGCUGGAAAUACUAUUUCCGCAAGACGAGCAUUUCCUAAACACAACCUCUGACACCACCAUCGGAGCUAUCUUGAAUCUCUUCUGUGUGAGAGUCUCGAUUCUGUUGUUCAAAUUGAUAUCGAUAAGUCCACUAGACAACUCGAAAGAGAAAAUAGCCGAUUUUCUAAGAACAAUGCAUAAACAGUUGGGAAUUCGUGAGAUGUGUGCAGCUGAUAAUGGCGCCUUUCUUAAACUUUGUUUGACGGUGCUUCCUUCAUUGAAUACUCCGGAAUAUCAAGAACAUGAUUUCCAGUGUGCUUAUUGCUUGUAUGGUUUUUUGCUUGGGGCCGACCCUGACUCUUUGGAAGACCAUAAAACAGAACCACUUAAACUGGACGAUAAGAUGGCGAAAGUCAUUUUCCGAAUGAUAAAUUCAUCCAUCACAGAAAGAGCUCUGCGGACUGGUCAACUGAAAACUGGUAUUAAGGAGGCUUUGGAUGAAAUUGCAUCAUUGAUCGGUUUGCCUGACUAUAAUGAUCUCAAUGUUCAAGCAACCCGGAACUGGAUUGAUGCCUAUUUGCAUAUGGAUAUUGACUUUGAUGAUUGUAUUCUCCAUCAGUAUGUUGACUAUCGGCUAUUCAAAAAGUAUGAUGCGCCAGAAAUCCAAAAGCAAUUGUUUUAUUUGCGCGGGAAAAUCUAUCAAUACCAAUACAAGACACGCUCUAAACCAAAUCAAUCAAAGGCUAUUUUUGUAUUACAAAGUGCAAUAGAACAAUUCACGUUUCAUUUAUAUUAUAAUCCGAAUAACUUCUCUUCAUGGUUCUCGUUAGCUCAUUGUUAUUCGAAAUUAGCCGAAGAGAACAUGGCAUGGAACGCACUUGAAAUUACGAAAGAAUUUGUAAAAAUUGCUGUUUAUCAAAAGGUCAAAUCUCCUGCGAAAAUACAAAAUAGCCCAAUCAAUCAAGGCGAGUCGAUCUCACGCACAGAAUUGACUAAUUUUUGGCGAGAAUUUGGUUCCCAUGUCUACUUCAUGACUACGGAACCAAUGUCGCGACGUAGUUUUUUCCCCGUUCGAAGUGACGAACAACCGAAAUUACGUAUACCUUCUGAGGAAGAUUUGUAUAAUUUUGCCGCGUAUUGUUUUGGGCAGGCUCUUAAAUACGAAAAUAUGACCAAUGAGAUUAAUGCAAUGAAUCGAGACUGGCGAAUACCUUAUAUGCUUGGUAAAUGUUUGCAGAAACUUGGAAAGAAUCCACUUAUCGUUUUACGACUAUACAAAGUGGCACUUGAUAGAACACCGGAAAGAUCAAGCAAUUCAGGUCAAGAGAGGAUUAUCGACACUGAAUACAAGUUAACGUCCACACUCGCAAAAUACUUGUUCAGAAAUCAAAUCGAGCCUGAAAUUGUUCGAAAUUACCUAGAUCCUGAUUUACAAAAUAAAGAUUUUUCAACUAAAAACGGUAAAAGCCCAAAUAAUCGAGACAUUCAUCAUCCUCACCCCUUAAAUAAUAGUGUCUCGGAACGAAGACAUGCGUUUGAUUUAAUAUUUGCACGACUAAUGGAAAUUCGCAAAAAUGAUAAGAUGAAAUGGCACCAUCGUCCGGUGUUUAGGUAUGCUUGGUUAUUAUACCAUGUUGAUAACAAUCCAACAGAAGCCAAAAAGUUGCAUCUGUCUUUGUUUCAGCUAAAAGCUUCAACGAAAUCGGUGAUGAAUGUCUGGAGACCUGAAUUCGAAAGGGCGGGGCGACAUUUUGUUUAUGUUGGAAAUUAUAUCGAUUUUCUCAUUAAGCUUGCCAAAGAUACUCAGGAUGUAGAAUGUAUCAAAAGUUUAUGUGGAAAGCUCAAAAAAGCGCAGAAUAUAUUACUUCGAUAUAAGGAGCUUAACGAGGCAGCUGAAGAAGUUCAUCAAUGUAUGAUUGCUGAUCAACAACCUAUAAUAUACCUUCCACAACAACCAGCACCCACAACAAAAAUUCAAUCACCUUCAUCUUUCUCCACAAAUUCACCAAUACCAUCACAUUCUUCAGCAUUUACACAUCUUCCGGUCCAAUCGCAAAGUUCAUCGUCUUCGCCACUACCAAUUCCUCAGCCGCCGGUUGUUUCUCAACAAAUAGAAAAUUCCUCUGAACAAAGUAUAAAUCACCAGUCCAAUUCUACUACUUCAUCACAACCAUCAAAAUCUAAACCAACCAUAAUAGAAUUAGAUUAA